AUGUCUGCCAACCUGGACCGUUCUCUCGACGAUCUCGUCGGCAACCGCCGCAAGAGCGGUCGCCGUGGCGCCCGCCGCGCGUCUGCCAGCAAAGCCUCCACUGUUGGAGGCGUGAAGAAGUCCACCAAGUCCAACAAGGGUACCGCCAAGGCGGUCCACCCGACCCCUGCUGCGACUCCGUCCAGCAAGAUCAUCGUGAGCGGUCUGCCUGCCGAUGUGACUGAGGCCAAUAUCAAGGAAUACUUCACCAAGUCCGCAGGUCCUGUCAAGAGGGUCAUGCUCACCUACAACCAGAAUGGUACCAGCCGUGGUAUUGCUUCGAUCAUCUUUGGCAAGGCCGACACUGCUGCCAAGGCCGCGAAGGAGCUGAAUGGUCUCCUAGUUGAUGGCCGUCCCAUCAAGAUCGAGGUUGUUUUCGACGCAUCCCACGCCCCCCAGGUUCCCGCCCCAAAGCCGCUCGGUGAGCGCAUUGCCCAGAAGGCUCAGAAGGCUCAGCCUAAGCCUGCCACCGCUGGUAAGGCCGCCAACGCUCGUGGACGUCGUGCUACUCGCGGCCGUGGACGUGGUGGCCGCAACCCUGGCCGUCCCCAGAAGACCGUGGAGGAUCUCGAUGCGGACAUGGCCGACUACUUCAACGAGAAUGGCCCCGCUGAUGCCAGCGCCCCUGUCAAUGGGGCUGCUGCUGCGCCUGCCGCCAAUGCUGGCGAAGACCUCGGCAUGGGCGAGAUUUCUUAA